CGGGAGCCGCCGCUGCCGCCGCCGCCACAGCCGCCGGCGCCGCCACAGCAGCAGCAGCAGCCGCCGCCGCAGCCACAGCAGCCGCCGGAGGGGGGCGCGGCGCGGGCCGGCGGCCCGGCGCGGCCCGUGAGCCUGCGGGAAGUCGUGCGCUACCUCGGGGGCAGCGGCGGCGCCGGCGGCCGCCUAACCCGCGGCCGCGUGCAGGGGCUGCUAGAGGAGGAGGCGGCGGCGCGGGGCCGCCUGGAGCGCACCCGCCUCGGAGCGCUCGCGCUGCCCCGCGGGGACAGGCCCGGGCGGGCACCAUCGGCUGCCAGCGCCCGCGCGUCGCGGAGCAAGAGAGGUGGAGAAGAGCGAGUGCUUGAGAAGGAAGAGGAGGAUGAAGAUCAUGUAGGUGAAGAUGAUGAAGACGAAGUGUCUGAGGGCUCCGAGGUGCCCGAGGGUGACCGUCCUGCAGGUGCCCAGCACCAGCAGCUUAAUGGCGAGCGGGGCCCUCAGAGUGCCAAGGAGAGGAUCAAGGAGUGGACACCCUGUGGACCCCACCAGGGCCAGGAUGAAGGGCGGGGGCCAGCACCAGGCAGUGGUACCCGACAGGUAUUCUCCAUGGCCGCCAUGAAUAAGGAAGGGGGAUCAGCCUCUGCUGCCACUGGGCCAGACUCCCCAUCCCCCGUGCCUUUGCCCCCAGGAAAACCAGCCCUACCUGGGGCUGAUGGGACCCCCUUUGGCUGUCCUUCUGGGCGCAAGGAGAAGCCGGCUGAUCCUGUGGAGUGGACAGUGACAGAUGUGGUAGAGUACUUCACCGAGGCCGGCUUCCCCGAGCAGGCAACAGCUUUCCAAGAGCAAGAAAUCGAUGGCAAGUCUUUGCUGCUCAUGCAGCGCACAGAUGUGCUGACCGGCCUGUCCAUCCGCCUCGGCCCAGCCCUGAAAAUCUACGAGCACCACAUCAAGGUGCUGCAACAAGGCCACUUUGAGGAUGACGACCCCGAUGGCUUUCUAGGCUGAGCGCCAAGCCUCGCCCCUGUCCCAACCCAUUCCAGUCCCCAUCUUACACAAGACCCCCAGAGUCCGGGAGCUGGUCGGGGACACCCUCAGCCCUCACAACAGAUUCCAGUGAGGGGGCAUUCCUACUCAUCUUUUCCCUGUGUCUCCCCAACACACACACCUCUGGCGCCCAGCACAGCCUGUACUCCAUGAUAGAGGAGUGUCGGGUGGGACAGGGCCUACUCAUUUCACCCCAGGAGGCCAACCCUCCCCCUCACCCAGUCUAGGACAUUUUUGGAAAAGUAAAAUGGGGGCUUCCCAUCUUCCCUAGAUCCUCUUCAGUUCAGCCAGAUGUUUCCUAUAUAAAUGUUUUAUUCUGUCUGUUCAUUUUGGUGGGUGGCCGUUCCUCCCUCCCCCACCACCCAGGCCCCUCCCCAGUCUGUCCCUGGCCUCCAGCCCCUGGGAGCAGCUGGGAGGGGGGUCCCUGGAUCUUCCUUACCCCUCCCAUUUCUUUCUGUUCAUUGUCGCUCCAGCUGGCUGUAUUGCUUUUUAAUAUUGCACCGAAGGUUUUUUAAAUAAAAUUUUAAAAAAAGAG